GUCACUGUUCGCGCUGUUGUCUGCAGCCAAGCUAGCAAGCAAGAUGGAGAAGAAAACGAGCUCGGAUGACUUGGAAAUGCGUCUUCAGGCGCUGGAGACUCGGAUUUACGGCGAAAGAAGGAACCAGAGUGGAAAACCAGUGAAGUGUGCAGAGUCCCUCGCUCGCAUCCAGGCUGGUCUGACCAACACGGCCAACAAGAGAGAGCGUGUCAAGAUCCUGCACAAGAAAAUUGAGGACCUCAUCAAGUACCUGGACCCCCAGUUCACUGACCACAUCACAGUCCCUGACGCAAUGAAGCUGGAGUUCAUCCUGGCUGAGGAGGACUUCCUGCUCUCUCAGGCCUCUCUGCUGGAGCAGGUCAGUAACCUGCAACCUCUCCUGGACAGCACCUACGUCAGAGACGUCCCUGAACAUACCACCAAACUGCAGCGACUCUCACAGAUUCACAUCAAACAGCAGGAUCAGUCGGAGUCUCAGUCUCUGGAGGUGAAGAAGCUAUUUGACGAAUACAACAAGAUGAUGUUCCUGCUCUCCAAGCAGUUCACUCAGUGGGAGGAAACGCUGCACCAGCUGGAGGAGGCCCGAGGUCUGAAGCCCCUGGAGCAAUGACUGAGACUAGGACUGAAAUAGAUCUGGACUGAGUCGUGACUUGCUCAGGAUGCACAGAAGGCUUCCACUGUAUUUAAAUAUCGUCUGCUGAGUUGAUGAUUACGCUGUCAAAUUAAAACUGAUGUGUUUAUUUUUGUCUGGUUUUAUGUGUUCAAUACUCACAAAUUUCCAUCUUGUCAUGGGGUGUGCCAAAGAUAACAUGAUGCAAAAAGUGUUUGUUAGAUUAUGGAAUCCAAUGUGUUUAUCCAUAAUUAACUGUUUUACUGAUAGUUAUUGAACAUGCAUCAUUUUGGCCUUGAGACUGACUGGAUCUGUUUCUGGGACUAAUCUUUCGCAAAUGAACAAAAGACAAACGUGUCUCCACAUCAAGAAAGAACACGUUUAAGAACUUUCCACAGAUUCAUUUUGAGUUGUUUUAAACUGUGGCAUCAAAAACGUGGCUUCUGUCUUCGAUUGAGAACAAAUGAAUCAUAUCCAAAUAAACCUGAAAACAGAGCGUAUGCAGUCACGGUCACGUGACGCACAGUCCGGAUAAACUGGUCACGUGAUGUCAUGUCUCGAAUGCGAGUUGAAUGCAGAGGUUUCACACCUUUCAAGAAAAUAAUAUGAGGAAAGAAGUAACGCAGAAAUGUGGAUGUAUAUGAAUGAGACAUUGUACAUGCGUUGAACCU